AUGCUUCCAACUCGGUCGAUUGAAAGUCGCUUACCUCCAGUAGAGCUCAAUGUAACCAAAGGGCAAGAUGAUAAAAAGCAAAGAAUGUUAAUCUUAUGUGGAUUAGUGGGAAGUGGAAAAAGUACAUUUGCUAAUGCAGUAGUAUCAUUUGAUUCGUCUUAUGUUCGAAUUUCUCAAGACGUUUUAGGAACACGUCAAGAAUGUGAAAGGAUUACAAGAAGAAGUCUUCGAGAGGGACUUUCAGUGAUUAUAGAUCGUCAAAACUUUGAUUUACAACAAAGGUCUAAAUGGAUCCAAAUUGGUCUAGAGUAUCGACGUGAGAGUCAUAGGUUUGUUACGAUUGAUUUAAUUGAAUUCAACACACCAGUCUUGGAAUGUUCGAAUCGAUUAAAUGUUAGAACAGAUCAUGAGACAUUAAAGAAUGUGAAUGAAGCUCAGGGGAUUCUUAGACUUGGGAUCAAGAAUUGGGUUCCACCUCAUCCAUCUGAAGGAUACGAACGUCAUUUACAAUUAGAUCCAUUUGAUAAACAAGUAGAAUCGAUGAACCCGUUGAAUGGAAUUGGGAAAUGUUUCAUUAGUUAUCCGAUUGAAAAAAGUUGCAUCGAUUCGAUUUUGGAUUUACUUGAAUCUCUUCCUAUGAUUCAAAACCCUUCACCGAGACUUGGUUUACCUAAACUUGAGUCUUCGUCAUCGAGAGGAGACCGAGCUGGAUGGAGAGGUAGAGGUAGAGGUUAUAAUAAAUCUUCAUAUUGA